UUGGAGCCGAACUGAGGAGCAACAGGAGGCGUUUCAGAGUAAUGCAUUUCCAGGAGUGGUUACGGUCACUUCGCUCCAGUGCUGGACUCAAAGGUUCUGAAUCCGACGACUUGUGGAGUCUUCUGCCGUCUCUGCCCCUGUCCUCCUUCUCCCUGUCCUCCCUGUCUCUGUCCUCCUCCUCUCUGCUGGGUCUAGGAGCCCUGGCCUCUCUCACUGCCUAUUGGCUGGUGACACGACCUCGACCAAUGCCUCCUCCCUGUGAUCUGCAAGCCCAGUCUGUGGCUGUGAAUGGAGAUCCCAGCUGCAGGCGAUCAGCUCUUCUUAAAGAUGACUCACUGAUGGAGUUUUACUACGAUGACACCAGGACGGCCUUUGACAUGUUCCAGAGAGGACUGAGGAUUGCAGGAAGCGGCCCGUGUCUGGGCUUCAGAAAGCCGGGGCAGCCCUACCAGUGGAUCUCCUACACUGAGGUGGCUGAGCAGGCGCAGGUGCUGGGCUCUGGUCUGUUGGCCAAAGGCUGCCAGCCGAACCCGCAGCAAUUCAUUGGGAUAUUUGCACAAAACAGACCAGAGUGGAUCAUCUCGGAGCUGGCCUGCUACACCUACUCCAUGGCAGUGGUGCCUCUGUAUGACACGCUCGGGCUGGAGGCCAUGGUCCACAUACUCAACCUGGCGGAGAUCGCUCUGGUGAUCUGCGACCGGGAGGAGAAGGCUGCAGCUUUGUUGGAGAACAAGGAGAAAGGCGUGACUCCAAAGCUCUCCUGCUUGGUUCUCUUCAACGAUUUCAGCGAUGCGUUUGUUGAGAGGGCAAAGAACUGCGAGGUGGAGGUUUUGAAACUGGAGCAGCUCAUGGACCUGGGAAGGCAGAACCUCAAAGAUCCUGUGCCGCCCCAGCCUCAGGAUCUGGCCGUGGUUUGCUUCACCAGUGGAACCACAGGGAAGCCCAAAGGAGCCAUGAUCACCCACGGCAACAUCGCCUCCAACACUUCCUCUGUCAUUAAGAUCCUGGAGGGUUCGUUUGUGAUCCGACAAGAGGAUGUGUCGAUCUCUUACCUGCCGCUUGCCCACAUGUUUGAGAGGAUGAUUCAGGUCUCGAUGUUCUGCCACGGGGCCAGAGUAGGAUUCUACCAAGGCGACAUCUCUCUUCUCAUGGAUGACAUUAAAACUCUCAAACCAACCUUCUUUCCUGUUGUGCCUCGUUUACUCAAUCGCAUCUAUGACAAGAUUCUGGGUUCUGUGACCUCUCCCAUACGACGGGCUCUGCUUCACUACGCCGUGAGGAGAAAGCAGGCUGAGCUCAGCAGUGGCGUUGUACGAAACAACAGUCUGUGGGACAAACUGGUGUUCAACAGGAUUCAGGCCAGUUUAGGAGGUAACCUGCGGUUCGCACUGACUGCUUCAGCACCCAUCUCCCCCACUGUACUGUCCUUCCUCAGAGCCACUCUGGGCUGUCUGAUCUUUGAGGGUUACGGCCAGACAGAGUGCACCGCAGGCUGCACCUUCUCCAUGCCAGGAGACUGGAGCGCGGGUCAUGUAGGUGCUCCUUUGCCCUGUGCCAAGGUGAAGCUGGUAGACAUCCCUGAUAUGAACUACUAUGCUAAGAACGGAGAUGGAGAGAUCUGUAUAAGUGGCCCCAGUGUGUUCAGAGGUUACCUGAAGGAUCCAGAAAGGACGGCUGAAGCGUUGGACAGCGACGGCUGGCUGCACAGUGGAGACGUGGGCCAGUGGCUCCCAAAUGGGACACUACGCAUCAUUGACAGGAAGAAGCACAUCUUCAAGUUGUCCCAGGGAGAGUACAUCGCUCCAGAGAAGAUAGAAAAUGUCUACACGCGCUGUGUUCCUGUGCUUCAGGUGUUCAUACACGGAGAUAGUUUGCAGUCUUUUCUCAUAGGCAUAGUUGUACCGGACCCUGAGGUGUUUGUUGACUGGGCUAAAGGCCGAGGAUUUGUGGGAUCCUACGAAGAGCUGUGCCAGAAUCCUGAUUUGAAGGUCGCAGUAUUAGAGGACAUGAAAGCUGUGGGGAAGGAAGCAGGACUGAAGUCCUUUGAACAAGUGAAGGACCUUUACUUGCAUCCAGAGGCGUUCAGCAUCGCCAAUGGCCUUCUCACCCCCACACUGAAAAGUAGACGCGCCGACAUCCGCAGAACCUUUCAGGAACAAAUAUCAAGCAUGUACAGCAAGACGGCCUUUUGAGGGACAACAGACAGUAAUUCACGGAAACACACUAAGGUUACUGGUGUCCAAUAAUGGAUAAUAAACAUGGGAAAGGGACCCGGGAGAAGUAAAAAAUCUGAUCCUAUUACGUCCAGCAGUGCCUUAAUUUAAAAUAUACAACAAAAUAUAAUUUGGAAUAUUGGUGUUUUGCUUAAAAUAAGUUUUAAUUCAAGUCCUCCUCUUGCCAAUAUGUGCAAUAUAUUAACUUCACAUGAAUAAUAGAAAAGAUUGGGACCAAACCACUUGUUUUAGUUUUAAAUUCCAAUCUCACUGUUGUCUUUGUCCCUAAUUCAGAGUUGUUAUUCACCAGAAGAUUUUACAGAUACAUAAAUUAUUGUAUAUUUGUAGAGAGAAAAAUCAGAGGUUAUUAAGAAGCGACCUGCAGAGACGUUAAGUUAGAUUUUUAAUUCAAACCACCCUGAUUUUUAAAAAGGGAAACUGUUGUCCGCGGAACAUUGUUGCUCAUAGAAGUUGCGUUAAGUGUAGGUUUGUGUUUUACAGUUGUUGGGUCCUUGUAUCACCAUGACAUAAGCUUUUCAUCAACACUCUUGAUCGUAGCUCUUCGGUUGUGUAUUUUUCUUACAUGUUCUGAAAGAUUUCAUAAACCAGUGUGAGCAUGUAAUCCUUCACCUGAACUUAAACCAUUAAAACUAUGAGGGGUUCAACCAGCAAGGAUUUGUAAAAAAAAUAUAAAAUGGCUGAACUGUACAUACUGCUUAUAAUGACAUUUGCUGACAGGACAAUACUGACUAAUUCCAGUAAAGUGAAACGCAAGA